CUAGUUGAAACAAUGGAUUGGAAUACCCUCAAAAUCUCAAAGUUACCUCUUCAAGCAACCAAUCUCAAUGCAACAAUUACUAUUCCCUAACAAAGAAGAAACUAGAUAGAAAUAGCUUCAAUGGAGAAAGAGAUUGUGGAAAAUCUUUGGAAUGGUGAUAGUGAAGCUCAAAUUCAAGCAGCAAUGAAACUUAGUAGAUUGUCCAAUAAGCAAAAGCAUAAUUUGGCAGAAAGUGGAGUUAUGGUUCCUCUUGUUUCCAUGCUUCAUUCUCAAAACUUUGAAGCCAUAGAAGCUUCUCUUUGUGCUUUUCUCAGCCUAUCCUUUGGCAGUGAAAGAAACAAGAUUCGGAUUGUAAGGUAUGGAGUUUUACCAAUUUUGCUGAACCUCCUCCAUUGUGAAAGUCAGACGGUGAUACAAUUGUCAGUAGCAGCCAUGUUAACGCUUUCUUCUUGCAAGAGAAAUAAGGUAGCAAUAGCUUCAUCUGGUGCAGUUCAAAUUCUGGUUGAACUUAUCAAUAAUAGUAACAUUGAAACUCAGUCUCAACUAGACACUAUAGCUACUCUCCAUAACCUCACAUCCUGCCAAGAGAUAAUUCCAUUGAUUGCAUCUUCUGGUGUUAUAUUCUCCUUGCUUGAACUUAUCCACGACUCGGUAAAAUCAUCUCUAUUGGUUGAGAAAGCGAUAGGAUUGCUAGAAAAUAUUGUUUCUUCAUCAGAGAGUGCACUUUGUGAGGCUGCUAGUAUCGGAGGAGCAAUUCGGAUACUGGUUGAGACAAUUGAAGAUGGAUCUUCACUAGGAAAAGAGCAUGCAGUUGGCAUACUUCUGCUUAUAUGUCAAAGCUGCAGAGAAAAAUAUAGAGUAUUGAUUUUGACAGAUGGGGUGAUGCCAGGAUUACUUCAGUUAACCGUCGAUGGAACGUGGAGAGCCAAAUCGACGGCUAGGGAAUUGUUGUUGCUUCUGAGAGACUGCUCUAGUUAUAGCUCGAGAAGUACACAAAUUAAUCACAAGCUUAUAGAACAGAUAAUGGAAGAAAUUGAUACAGAAGGAGAGAAAUUGACAGAUACUACUUUGAGAUUGGUAGAGGAGAUGAUUGCAAAGCUCAAUACAUAAUCAUUCAAGUAAAUAAGGUUUUCAAAAUAGGUUCGGAUCAUAAAGUAUUCUUGCAUCUCUUGGUUUUCUCUACACUUUUCUGGUAUCAAUUAUGUUUUCUAGUUUAUGACUUAACUACAAGGAUGGUAUGUUUCAGUGAGACAAUGUAGAAUUGUUUCUUUGUAUAUAUGAUUA